AUGCCUUCCCACAAUGAUGUAGAGGCCUUUCACGAGGUCCUUCGUUCCAGCCGCCGCAUUCUGGCUCUUUGUGGGGCCGGCUUGUCCGCGUCGUCGGGACUACCCACCUUCCGAGGCGCCGGCGGCUACUGGAGAAGCCAUGAUGCCGCCAAGCUAGCCACCAUGCGAGCCUUCAUGACCGAUCCGGGUCUCGUAUGGCUCUUUUACGGUUACCGGAGGCACCUGGCGCUGCAAGCCAAGCCCAACGCGGGCCAUCGAGCAUUGGCUGCCUUGGCCAACAAGAGCUCCAAUGUCCUGUGUCUGACCCAGAAUGUUGACAACCUAUCCCAGCGUGCAGGCCAUCCACCAGAGCAGCUUUGUACCUUGCACGGUUCCUUGUUUGACAUCAAAUGCACCACUGACGGGUGUGGGUGGAUUCAACGGGGCAAUUUUGACGAUCCCUUUUGCCCAGCACUGGCCCCAGCUUCAGAGGACCCGGCGUCGGGGAAACCUCUGCCUCUUCUGAAUCCAUAUCAUCGUAUCAAGCACGUUACCGAAGAGGAACUACCGAGGUGCCCGAAAUGCAAGACUGGCCUGCAAAGGCCCGGUGUAGUGUGGUUCGGCGAGGAGCUCGACAAGGCCAUGCUCGAGCGCAUCAAUGAUUGGAUCGCUCAAGAACGAGUCGACUUGAUGUUGGUGGUUGGCACGUCAGCCCAAGUGUAUCCUGCGGCUGGCUUCAUAUCGAGAGCAAAGCUGCACGGAGCUCGUAUCGUCAACAUCAACCCGGAAGCCGAGGAUGAGGCGGAAUUGCGCAAGCUGCACCCGGGGGACUUUGCCUUUGGACAAGACGCGGCUAAGUGUCUGCCUCGAUUGCUAGAACCCGUCAUUGGCAAGCUUUCGGACUAUGGGGACCCGGCAUCGUAA